UUGUGGUAAGACAGAUUUAGGGAGGGAGAGCGCUUGCUAGCUCGCUAUCUACGUGUUGCUAGAUGUAGACAGACUCUUUGUAGAAUAUUCUACUGUAUUGCCAUUUACACGGGAAAGCCUCCAACAAGCAUUCAGGAAUGGAAGGGAUCUUUGAAGGAAAAGGAGACUGGCUGGGUAGAAAGGUGACAGGUUCGUGAAAAACAGCUUUAUAUAAAAGGAGGAAUAAACCGCGGCUGACAUAUGGAAGACAGGCGGAGAAGGUACUCUUUGCUUGAAAGUGCUGCAGCCCUGCCAUCCUGCCCACCUGUAUGGCUGCGAAACCUGCUCUCUCUCUCCUAUUGGCCAUCAUGGCCUGGACUGGGCGGGCCCGCUCCUCGCCCACUGUGCUACUCCGUCCCCGAGAGAGAGACAGAGAUCCUGGUUCCCCUGGAAGCAUCAACAUAGCAGUUAUCUACUCUGGAUCAUCCUUGCACCCGGAGCUGGGGGUUGAUGGGAUAGGCAUGGAGCCAGGGAUGGGAAGGGUGUUGCCCCCUAGGGUUGGCUACGGACACAUUGCAGGGAGCAUCUCAGAGAGCGUGGUGACCCAGUAUGGCUCUGCCAAUAUGAUCUGGCUGGCGGUGAAUGAGAGCAGCCCCCAGAGCCUCCUGCUGCAGCUCUGUGACCUGCUGGCCACACGGCCCCUGCAGGGUUUAGUGUAUGAGGAUGACCGGCCCCCAUCCAUGCCCAGGGGGCCCCUGGCCCCGGUGCUGGAGUUUGUUUCUGCCCAGACAUCCCUGCCAAUCGUGGCCGUGGGAGGCGGCGCAGGCCUGGGAAGGGAGCCACAGGAGAGUGGCUCAAUUUACCUGCAGUUCAGCUCCUCGACUGCGCUCCAAUUAGAGGUUAUUUUUGAAGUUCUAGAAGAAUACGACUGGACAUCCUUCUCGGUUGUUUCUACACGUCACCAUGGCUACCAGGACUUCCUGGCGAUGAUAGAGGGCCUCACGGAUGGCUCCUUCAUCGGCUGGGAGAAGAGGAGUGUGGUGAUGCUGAACCUUACGGAUGACCCAGGGGGGGCACGUACACGGAGACAGCUGAAAGAGAAUGAGGCGCAGGUGCGCCUGCUGUACUGUUCGCACGAGGAGGCCGAGCUGGUGUUCAGGGCAGCCUGGGCCUCAGGUCAGGCUGGCCCCUCACACAUGUGGUUCGCGGUGGGGCCUGCCCUGUCUGGCCUUGGAGUGGAGGGACUCCCCAAAGCUAUCUUUGCUGUCAGGCCUCAGGGCUGGAGGGACGAGCCACGCCGAAGGAUCGCUAAGGGGGUGUUAGUCCUGACCCAUGCAGCUGUGGCUAUGAGGAAGGACUAUGGGGCCUCAGCAGAACCUAGCUUUGCUGGCAACUGUCAGACAGACAACAAUCAAACCCAAAGGCUGCCUGGCAGGAUCAGGUACUUCAGUAACAUUACACUGGGUGGACGUGAUUACUCCUUCAACAGCGACGGCUAUCUGGCCAACCCCUCUAUGGAUGUCAUCUCUUAUUCACUGGGGAAAGGAUGGGAGGAGGUGGGGUCGUGGGAGAAUGGGGUGUUGAAGCUGCGCUACCCGGCCUGGUCCCGCUACGGGAUCUUCCUGCAGCCCCCGGAUGAUGCCCAGCACCUGCAGGUGGUCACCUUGGAGGAACGGCCCUUUGUCAUUGUGGAGCCCGCUGACGCCGCCACCGGCACCUGCAUCCGUGACUCUGUGCCUUGCCGACUACCCCUCAACACCAGUGCGGUUCUGGAAGGGGUCGUGCCAGUGAAACAGUGCUGUAAAGGAUUCUGCAUCGAUGUCCUCAAACGACUGGCCAAGAUAGUUGGCUUCACCUAUGACCUCUAUCUAGUGACCAAUGGAAAGCACGGGAAGAAGAUUAACGGGGAGUGGAAUGGCAUGGUGGGAGAGGUGGUGUACAAGCGUGCCGACAUGGCUAUUGGCUCUCUGACAAUCAAUGAAGAGAGGUCAGAGGUUGUGGAUUUCUCUGUGCCCUUUGUGGAAACGGGCAUCAGCGUGAUGGUAUCCCGCAGCAAUGGCACUGUGUCACCAUCUGCCUUCCUGGGCACCCAGUACUGCAACCUGUGGGUGUCUCAGAGGCUGUUUACCAGCUGGUGGGCUUGUCCAGUUUACCAUGACUCGCAGUAAUAGAACCCUACAGUCCUGCCGUGUGGGUGAUGAUGUUUGUGAUGUGCCUGACCGUGGUGGCGGUCACAGUCUUUAUCUUCGAGUUCUUCAGCCCUGUGGGAUACAACCGCAGCCUGCAGACUGGAAAGAAAGCAGGAGGC